AUGCCGUGCCACGACUACGGCCACCGCGCGCUCCGCUGCCUUUUUGUGCUGCACCUCUGCAUCCCAGGCGACGAAAGCGCCCGCCUGAGCGCACGCGCACGACGGCGGCUGAGGAACGCAGAUCUAAAGCAGCAGCGCAAGCAGCAGGAGCGGCUGCGCCAGCGGGCGGCUGCAGAGGCCGGCGAGGCCGCUGCCGCCGAGGCGCUGGGGAGGGGCGGCGGGCGCACCCUGGUUAAUGCCGAGGGCCAGGGGCCUGGCGGUGCCGGCAGCCAAGCAGGCGGCGGCGGCAGCCAAGCCGGCAGUGGCGGCGGCGGUGUUGGAGGCGGGCAGGCCUUGGGCCUGACGCACAUCUUGGAGCUGGGGGCGGGCUGCGGCAGCGCCAUCCUGCCCCUGCUCAAGGCCCACCCAAACGCCCGCGCCACUGUCUGCGACGUCAGUGCCACCAGCCUGCACCAGCUGCGCGCCGCGGCCGCCGCGGACGGCAUUGACCAACGCCGCAUCUCCGCAUUCGUCGCCGACGCGACGGCCCCCUCCCUGGCCGCCCGCCUGGCAGCGGACCCCGCUGAUGCGGCCCUCAUCAUGUUCACGCUGUCCGCGGUGCCGCCCGGGGAGGGCGGCAUGCUGCCGAUGCUGCGCAACAAUGCGGCGGCGCUGAGGCCCGGCGGGCGGCUGUGCAUACGCGACCACGGGCUGGGGGACAUGGUGCAGCUGCGCAUCCCGCCACACCAAGUGGUCCUUCCGGACCGAGUUGAUCAUUCCGAGGCAGCAUCAGAUCACACGUCCAAGGUUCCGUCAGAUCACUCAGAUCAGGCGUGGUGGUGGCCGGACGACGUGUACUACCGGCGCGGCGACGGCACCCUGGCCUACUUUUACACGUCAGACGGGCUGGCUGCGCUCGGGGCCGCGGCGGGGCUGGUGCCGGUGCGGUGCGGCUACGCGUGCGUUGUGAACCGCAACCGGCGCUCGGGGCAGGCGCUUCGGCGGGUGUUUGUGCAGGGGGAGUUUAGGAAGCCGUGA